AUGAAAGAGAAUUCUGGAAAGACAAAUGAUGAUGAGGUCAGGAUUGUGUUGGUGGGGAAGACUGGAAUUGGAAAGAGUGCUACUGGAAACACCAUUCUAGGUCGUGGGUGCUUUGAAUCCAAGUUCAGUGCCGUGUCUAUGACUGUAGAAACUUCCAAAGGAAAAGCCGAAGUGGCUGGACAUCGCAUUGCUGUCAUUGACACCCCGGGGCUGUUUGAUACCAGGGUUGAUGAAGAGGAAACUCAGAAAAAUAUAUGCCAGUGUAUCUCCUAUGCUUCUCCAGGACCCCAUAUCUUCUUGGUGGUCAUCAGACUGGGCAGAUUCACUGAAGAGGAAAAACACAUGGUGCAAAACAUUCAAAAUAUCUAUGGCACUGGUGCAGAUAAAUACAGCAUGGUUCUCUUUACCCAUGGAGACCUACUUGGAGGCACCACUAUUGGAGAGUUCUUAGGAGGAAGCCCAGACCUGCAGGAACUCGUGGACAGAUGUAAUGGUCAGUACCACGUCUUCAAUAAUAAACUGAAGGAGCGCUCUCAGGUCACUGAGCUGCUCCAGAAGAUCAGAGAGAUAGUCCAGAAGAACGGCGGAAGCCACUACACCAACGAGAUGUUCCAAGAGGCUGAGAGGGUGAUUGAAGAGGAAAAACAACGCAUCCUGAGAGAGACAGAAGAAAAAAAAAUACAGAAAGAAAAAGAGAAAAUGGAGAGAGAAAUACGGGAAAGAUAUGAGAAAGAGAUGCAGAAAUACAACGAACAACUCCAGGCUGAGAGAGAGAGGGAGAGGAAGGAGAGAGAGGAGGAGAGGAAGAGAGAGAGAGAGGAGAGAGAACAGGAAAUGAACAAGUUAAAGGAGAAGUGUGAGAGAGAAAUACAGGAAAGAUAUGAGAAAGAGAUGCAGAAGUACAAUGAACAACUCCAGGCUGAGAGAGAGAGGGAGAGGAAAGUUCUUGCUCUGCUGCCGUGA